UCAGUGCCAUGGAACUGUUUUCGUAUGGUGUACCCUCACGCCCAAAUAUUGCGAUGUAUCAAGGAUCGCAACUCCUAAAACCUUUAUCCAGAGCUGUUGGACUUCCGAUUGACCAGGUUAACUUCACGUGUUCUAUGUUAAUGUCCCUGAUUGCAUCAGUGAUAUUGCGGCUAUCGUUUCAUCCUUCACAUACAACAGCAACGGUGAGGCACAUAUAUUGUGUAGCAAUCGGACUCACAAUAGGAGUGUUCUGCUGGGGUGGUUUGUUUUAUUGCAGACGCAGCUGGAAUGUCAUACUGUUUGUUCUAGGAUGCUACAUGCUACUAAGAACAGUGGGCCCACAACAUAUUCAGAAGGUUGUCUUUGUGUACUCCAUGGCAUACUUGACUGUAUUGCACUGGUACAGACUAAAGAGCUAUGGUGUCUACGUCCUUGACAUUAGCGGGCCUGUUAUGGUUAUGACACAAAAGAUGACAACACUAGCAUUCAACAUUCACGAUGGUUUGGCACAAACCGAGGAACAGCUUUCCCCCGAAUGUAGAAAACAUGCUGUGAGGAAAAUUCCCCCUCCAAUUGAGUUUGCUAGUUACCUACUCAACUUCCAAACGAUCCUGUGUGGACCAUGUUCGCAGUACAAUGACUACAUAGACUACAUAGAGGGGAGGAGCCUGCAGUCACGCUCUCCCACUGCUAAUGGUUCCACCUUUAAGGAUGUACCAUCUUCAAAGGAACCAUCACCUGUUAGAGCUGUCAUGGAGAAACUAGGUAUUGUCCUAGUUCUGGUAUUUGUCAACCUGAAAUUGCUGCCACUUUUUCCAAUGGAGUACAUACGAGAGGAGAAGUUUCUCAUGAACACUGGCUUUAUUGGAAAAACAACAUAUAUUCUUUGUGCUACUACAGUCACUAGAGCUAAAUAUUACUUUGCUUGGGUCAUGGCCGAUGUCGUGUGUAAUGCCAGCGGGUUUGGGUUCAAUGGCUACAAUGAGGAUGGAACAGAGAGAUGGGAUUUGGUGCAGACCGUACACAUUGCUCGUUUCGAGUUUAGCCUCAGCUGGCGGGACUCCUUGGCGUCUUGGAACACGCAGACGAUGGUUUGGCUGCGCAUGAUUGCCUACGAGCGCGCCCCUUGUAUGAAGACCUUCCUGACAUAUCUACUGUCCGCGUACUGGCAUGGUUUCUUUCCGGGAUACUACCUGACGUUUGGCGCUGGAGCUCUCGUGACCAUCGCCGCACGAAAUGUACGUCGGAGCAUUCGACCAGUCUUUCAAAAGUCUAGAACGAUGGUCCUGCUGUACCAUGUGAUGACGUUCCUUGCAUGUCGUUUAGUAGUGGCAUACGUUACCUUCCCCUUCAUGCUACUCUCAUUUUGGCCUUCUAUACAAAUCUACAAGUCCAUGUACUUCUACAUUCACAUUGCUAUCUUGCUAGCCACCUUCAUCCUGCCUGUUGUGCUUCCACCGCCAAAACCUGGAUCGACGACGGAAAAUAGCGCCUCUCAGUCUUCACGCAUGAAAUGAAUAUUAUCAAGCCAUUCUCGGAAUCAAUCGUGGGUAAAUAAACUCGCCAACACAUUCAUGUGUGAGUAAAAGUAAUAUUUGUGUCAGUUGCAUUCAGAAUCACAGCCGACUGUUACAAUUUGUAAAAAUGCACCCUUCUCUUGACGUGACUGUGUGGAUUAGCAUUUUUGCAGCACUCUGAAAUGGCACGAUUGCUGCCAUAUUCGUUUUCUACACCAGCUCCUGGUGUGCCACAAAUUCUGUUGUCAUAGUGUGCACUUUUCAGAGAACCUAUGUCAAACAAUUGGUUUUUAGGGUGAAUGUCAUUCAGUUCAUCCAGUUUCGUUCAUCUAGUAAAAGAUAUAAAAGAUGAGGUAAAAAAAUAUUGCCCUUGUUUUUCGUGCAAAGAAACUGGAAGGUGCGAGAAGUAGACAUGUAUUUUGAUUGAGAGCAUUUGUUGCUUCAGCUUUAUAAGUGCAUAGAACUAGUCUUGUUGGGUGAAGGCGAUUUCGGUAGUGCAAUGCCUGCUAUCAUGUUGUGGCGCCGGUGUAGUGUUGCUAUAGUGAUAUUUGAAAAGCAUUUAUUACAAAAUGAUAUAUUUUAGUUAUGAGCAGAUGAGAAAACUCUUUUUAAUUCGUUGAUUUUUGUAAUGGAAGUAUAAAGAUCAAAGGGAAUUGGAGGACGAUGCUUUGCGGGAGCCAUUUAUGUGAUUCACGUAUGUGCACCCAUGCCUUUGCUAUUCGUGCAUGGUGUCAGCAGGGUUCAUUAAUACAUGUUACCUCAUUAUACAGGUACAUUGAUUCUGUUUGUAUACUAGAGAGAGGCCUGGGAGUUCGAGGGCUUUGAAUUAUGAGACGGUUAUGGUAUUAUAUUUAUACUGUAUCAACGAUUAAGGAUCUGCAAGAAAGGAUAGAGAAUUUUUAUAAUUCUGCUUCAUGUAAUUCGUGCAGCCAUCUUUUCCAAUUCUACCUCGCUACUGCUUGGCUAUACAGAUGCAAAUUCGUGUUUAUCUUUUACCUGAUCAUGAAAAAAUAUGUAUAUUUUAUUAACGUUAUUAUUUUUUUAGUUUAGGCAAUAAUUUGAAAGAGCUCUUUUCAUGUGUGUUAGUAUGAAUUAUGCUCAGCAACUAGUUUUGUGGGAAAAUGUGUUCGUCAUGCAAUUGUACACAUGGGAUCACACAAUUUUCUAAUCGUGCCGUGAAUGUUGCUAUGGUUAAGAAAAGGUUAUUAGAUGAUUAAUUAUCUAUCCAUCCAGCAAGAAAGUAAUCUUGCCAAUGCUUAUCUAGCCAGGCGAAAAAUAUAUUUUUCCUCCUUGCUGUGAGAGAUGUUUGUAUGGAACCAUAUAACACUUGUGGAUAAUAGUUGGGUCUCUUAUUAGAUGUAAUCGGGAGUGAAGAAUAAUAGAUCUAUUAUUAUUCACUCCCGAUGUAAUGAUGCGUAAUACGUGAUGCGUCUGUUAUACACGUGUGCACAUACACAGGAUCUGUCGCCGCAAGGUGCAAAAAUACAUUAUAUGCAUAUUUAUGACCCAAAAAUCGUCAUCGUAGGAUAUAUCGUGGGUGAUUUGAUUCAACCAGCCUAUUCGCUGCUUUCCUCCUAUAUACACAUACACCUAUGUAACUAUGUACGUAUUAUGUAUUAAUGCUCCUAUAUAAUGGUGCGUGUGUGCUUACGUGUGUGCGUGCGUGCGUGCGUCGUGCACACGCGUGUGUGUACUGCUUCUCAUUCACAAUCAGUUGUCGGAUAGUUAAAAUAUCUCCGUAAUUCACACUAACGUUAGUUUCUAAACGGAACUCACAAGCCACGGCAGGCGAACACUCAUCAUAGCUGAGGGGGAAAGCGGUUUUCACGCUAACGUUAAACUACGCUGGCAAUUUCACGCCUCUCGUUAGACGCCAUUGGGACCCGCCUGUAAUGAUUCGAUGAGCUGCGCGGGAGAUGUAAGCCAGUGUAUUUAAAUGCCUUAAAAUAUUUCACGAUAUAUUGAUAUUGAUAGUGAGAUAUUAAAUAUAUCAACUUCAAUUUGAAAAAUUAUGUAAUGAAUACUUCCCAUGGUCCUUACAGUGUGUGAACGUUGAAAUUAUCAUACCGGUGAUAAGGCUUUAGAACUUGUAUUUCCUUUUCAACUGAGUAUAUUAGGUCAUCUACCUUGAUUUAUUCAUGGUAUUGUUCGUAUAUGAGACAUAUAGUGUAUUUAUAUCCUUAUGUUGUGAUGCAUACUAAGCUCGUAUGCAGUAUAAAAACGUGUUGCAUUAGUUUGGAACAUGUGAGAGAUUUAUACACAGUAUUUUUAACAUGAACGUUGCUUCUUAUUUUAACACGGCUUCUGAAUAAUACUCCGAACUUCGCAAGCAACUCCAAUCAAAUACGCAAGCAUGGUUACCUAUGCCAUCUCCUUUCUGACAAAUGUUGAUAUUUUACUUACUCGGAAUUCAUAGGAAAUUAAAUAAUGGUGUACUUAUUAAUAAUAUAUUAUCAUAAUAGAGUAUUGUAGUCGUAACAUAUUUUUUUAGUGUCUUGCAUGAGUUGCAGGAUACAGGUAGAGUAUAUAAAAAUAUAUACGUAUAUAUAUAUUAUCAGGAGUAGAUAAUAGAAGUCUUCUAUUAUCUACUCCUGAUAUUAUAUAUAUAUAUAUAUAUAUAUAUUUAAGGGUUUUAAUAAUAAGUGAUCCCUCAUUAUCUUACUUCAGAUAUUAUGUAAUCUUGUAUAAAUGAACUCUAGAUACCAGCACGCAUGUAGCGCUCAGAAUUUAUAUUUUCUGACUGUAGAGCAGCCAAUGUUACAUAUAGGUACAGUAUGUAAUAUGAGAUAUGUAUUUGCCUAGAUGAUAUAAUUAGAUUCUGUGGUAAUAUAUUUAAUUGAUGCAUAUGCCGGUAUUCACCGUAAACAGCGCUUGCAUGCGUUUGAUUUCCUUUGGUAGAUUUUCUGUUAUGUAACAAUACUGUGAAAAGGUAUAUAACUCAUACGCAUAUUUUAACAUAUUGACAUGAUAGCCAGUAAAUAUUUGCGUUUACCGAUAUACAUUUCAACAAAAUACAGUUCGCUGCAUGCCAUAAACUAGAGAGAGAGAUGGGAGGGGGAAUGGGAAAGAGCGACAUGUCUGUACUUAUAUAUUGGAUAUAGUCGGCAGAGCAUGAACAUGUGGUUUUAGCAUAGAAAUAGUUUAGUGUUUACCUUUUGGUGUUUGGUUUUAGUAUGCGUUAACUUGAGUUUAUUAACAUACAAUUCCGUUGUCUAGUUGCCUAAUAAAAAUGCAAGAUUGACAAUUGUUUCAAAAACGUGACAAUGUGAAAGAAACGCUAUAUGGUUGUGAAUAAACUAAGCUUAAUUGUAAGAACCUACAUAAGAACCUAGCUAUAAAUCUAACUACCGUCCCAACUUGUGUGACCCUAGUAUUUAUGUAAACGUUUGCCGUUAAACAUCAGUGUAAAACUGACUUCCCGUAUCCAUAUAAAAUUUGUAGUAUAUGACGUUUUAUAUCGGACCAAAACUGUAUCGCUAUUAAGAGGGAUAGUUCGAUGUUUCGAUAGUUUUGAUGAUACGUAGUGCACACAUAUGUAUUGUCUGUUACUGAACAUCUAUGAAUGUACAUGGUGUCACAGUGUAUUUAUAUAGAAUUGAACGUACGCAACCAUCAUGAAUGCAAUGUGAGAGGAUAAUCAUCAAUUAUGUUAAACGGAGUAUAUUAACUUUAUUAUUUGUGAACGCAUACUGCAUCCGUGAUUGCAGAUCCACAACUUUUCAAUUGAAAUGUUGUUAUUUUUUAAACGUGAUGAUGAUGAGGUGAAAAAGUAAAGUCGUUGUAGGGCUGGGGAAUUCAUUUUUAAACCAACGUUGUUCGUAUUCUACAAUGAAUUUUGUCAAGAUUAUUUCCGUACAUUGUUAUCCGAAAAUGCUUCUCGUCGAAAUUUACAGUUAUUUUAAUACAGAUGACUAUUUACAUGA